UAAAGUUUUGAGAUAUUUUUAGUUCCAUCGGAAAGGAAUUGAUGAAAUAUAUAAAAUAAAUGCUAGUUUUAUCCUAAUACAUGUACAUUAGGUUGUCUAUUUUGCUGUUUUUUUCUAUUUGUUUAAUAAAAAAUAUUUAAGAAAAAGUACCCGUUUGAGCAGUUAAUAAUGUCUUCAGGACGCCCUAUUAAAUGUGUUGUUGUUGGUGAUGGAACCGUCGGGAAGACAUGCAUGUUAAUAUCAUAUACAACAGACAGCUUUCCUGGGGAGUAUGUUCCCACUGUGUUCGACAAUUAUUCAGCGCCUAUGGUGGUUGAUGGUAUCUCAGUAAGCCUAGGUCUUUGGGACACAGCUGGUCAAGAAGACUAUGAUCGGCUCAGACCAUUGUCUUACCCACAAACAGACGUUUUCCUAAUUUGCUUUAGUGUUGCCUCACCAUCAUCAUUUGAGAAUGUUACUUCAAAGUGGUAUCCUGAAAUUAAACAUCACUGUCCAGAUGCUCCAAUGAUAUUAGUUGGUACAAAAAUAGAUUUACGAGAUGACCGGGAAACUUUAAAUAAUUUGGCGGAUCAAGGACUGAGCCCCAUAAAGCGAGAGCAGGGUCAAAAGUUGGCGAACAAAAUACGCGCCGUCAAAUAUAUGGAAUGUUCUGCCCUGACGCAACGAGGGCUCAAGCAAGUGUUUGAUGAGGCGGUUCGGGCGGUGCUACGACCCGAACCCCAAAAGAGACGCCAACGAAAAUGCAUGAUUAUGUAACUAAAUAUUAUCGUGAUUUUUAAAAGACUUAUUUAUGGCAGGCAGUAACUUUUUUAUCUGAUUUUUCAUUAGUGAGUGAUAUAAAACUGCAAUAUACAGAGAUUACUUGUUAAUAUAAAUCUGAGGUUUGACUGGGAACAAGUUAUCAUUUGACCAUCAAUACACUCAAACGAAGAUAUUUGAAAUUUUUUUAUUUAUUUGACCUCUCUGAUUUUUUGGAAGGAAGUUGUAUUAUUUUUAACAAAAAAGCCAUUGACGCAGUUUCGCAUCCGAUUUUUUAGAACUUGGAACCCUAGGUGAUUGCGUUCAUUUACAUUUUUCCUGUGCCUUCUUUUAUAUUGCAUUUCUUUUGUCUCUUUCUCGUAUAAUACUGUUGGUGCCUUAAAAGAUCUAAAUUUGCCCUUUCCUAAUUAGAGAAAGUAAUUCAGCAGUCAAUGAUAUAAUUAUAAAUUUUUAUUAAUAAUUUUUUUUUUAUAUCAUACAGGCUAAGUCACUCUAUUCCAUAGGGAUAUUCCCAUAUAUAUUCUUGGGUUUCAAGAAGCUUUGCUUUUUGAAUAUGUCGUUGGGAUACAUUUGGGUGGUACCUAAACCUUAUGGUUUUGUAGCCUAUUUUCAGUGUUUUAAAUGUUUAGAAGGUAUUAAAUUACAAAAUACAAUAAGUAAUGACACCUCUAAACAUUGCCUAUAAAGGCCCCGAGAUACAUAGUGUAAGCAAACAGUUCACAUGCUAACAAAACUAAACACUUAAACUUUUCAAUUUUAUAUUUUAUUUAAUGUGUCUUAAUUUUUUUAAAGAAUAAUUGAUUAUUGGACGCUAAAGCCACAAUUACAGGUCUCAACAUUAAUUCUGCUAGAUGUAAGACAUGUUAUAACUUAAUUUUAAAAUGUCAGAUAACUUUACUAACUUGAAUUCUUCAUUUAGUAUUGCUCAUUGAUGACACAGUAUAGCAAAAAAAGUAAUUACAACUUGUGGAUUAUUAUUACACUGUUGCCGCGAUUUAUUAACGGAUACCUAAAGUGAGUAGGCAUUAUUAGGCUGUUUUGUUUAUUUUUUAAGUUUUCAUCUUAUAGAAAAUAUUUGAUUUUCGUGUUUAUAUAUUACAUGUUUUCAUAUCUUUAAAAAAACUUCAAAAUGGCGCCAAAACCAUAUUUUCUCGUAUUCUAUGAAAACGCGAAGACCUUUACCCUUAAACCUUACUAGCACAUUGUUAACAGUUUUUUGUUAUUGACCAAGGUUACUUUUUCAUAAAAAAAAUAACACAUACUUAAAUGGAAUAUCUAUCUUGGUUUCUUCAUUUAUUUUCUAAAUGUUGCAUUUGCAUUGUUUGCACUGGUUUGGAUAGGAUUUUUUUUGUGUGUUUUCUUCUGACACUCAUAAACUUUAUUGAUAUACAAACUAGACUUGUUUUUUUUUUUAAUAGAACACCCUGUAUAUUUUUUAAUAAUUUUAUGAGGGCUAUGAGUUUUUCGAAAAAUGUGUGACGCAUAUGACGUAUAUAAUAUAAUUUUUUGUAAUUAUUAUUUAUUUAAAUCUCCGCCUCCUUUUCCUUUUGCUACGGCUCAUGUUGACCCAAAAUAUAACUUAAUUAUUUAAUAUCCAUUCAAUAUUGCCCACACACAAGUUGAUGUUGAUAGAUAACUAAAUCUUUGUAAUAAAUUAUGUAAUUUAUUUACAAAAAUCCGUAGUUUAUAUCCCCGACUCAAAAAUAAAAUAAAGAUAUGUGGUUUGUGUUUGAAAUAGUUCUUAUGUGGUAUAUUUAUUUUUGGAAAGCCAACAAAAAAAUUAGUAAUAUUAAUAAAAUAAAUACAUUGCGUUACGUUAAAAAAAAAAAACAACUUUAGUUUAUAUAUCAAAAUUUGUGAGUUUCAGAAGAAAGUUGCAUCGUACUUUAAAAGCCUUAUAUAAAGUUUUUAGGCACCAUUAUAAAAUGAAAGGAGGUAAAAUUCAAAUUAUUUACAAAAACUUAAGGUUUAGGGAUUGUAAACCUUAUUCAACUCGAAUGCGAUAAUAUAUACAACCUUGACAUUUUACCGAUUUUGAUACAUUCCGUAUAAAUUGAAGGUCAUUUUAAAAAGUUAAAUCUGAUGAAAGCGAAUGAAAUAAUUGAAAAUUUAAAUUUGUGAAGGAAAAUUGCCCAAUACAUUUGUUGAAUGAAAUUAAGAAUGAAGCUAAAUGAAAAGAUAAAUAACAAACUUUUUAAAUUUUUAUUUUAUAGGCAAUGUGUCUCUCUAACAAUAAUUUUCUGUUUUGAUGUUUAUUAUUUUUUCUAUUCCAUUGUUGUGUUCCAUUCCUAUUGCUUGUGUCUAUCCUAUACAUUAGCGUUAAUUCAAACAGAGAAAAUUAUUCCUUAACUGUCUGAUUACAAAUACCUUUGCCUGUGUCAAUUAAAGUUUUAAUACGUUUGUAGAUUAUUUAUUGCCAUUGGCUUUUUUGAAUAAGGUAGUUUUUAUUUUAAAGACUGUUCAUCAUUUACGAACAAAAGUGUUACCUACUCGAACCUUUUUUAUGAUAUCUAACGCUUUUAUUUUUGUACUAACCCUCGACUUUUAUAAAUUUUUGUUUAUACCAAAGUAAAUAUACUUUUAAGUUCUAGUCACGUCUUGAUUAAGAAUCGUCAUGCACAAUAAUAUUUUUAUGUAGGGUCCGAACGUUUCCACUUGAUAUUUACAUUUUGUAUGUAAGUAAAUCACAUUUACUAAAAUUCAUAACAAUAAAAU